CGGGGCAAGAAAAGUCGACUUACCUGUAGCCCAACUUCUGGCAACUCACUCACUCUAUUACCUGCUCCGACUUGAAAGUCCAGUUUCACAAGGAAGAAUCGUAGAGGAAGCAAAAUAUGUCACAGGAGACAGACAAUAAGCGUUUGGUGGUGGUGGUACCCAAUGAGAGCUCCUUCCCUGCGGUGCGGCGGGCCUACACCAGCGAGGAUGAAGCCUGGAGGUCCUACCUGGAGAACCCGCUGACUGCCGCCACCAAGGCCAUGAUGAGCAUCAACGGGGACGAGGACAGCGCCAACGCCCUGGGUCUGCUCUAUGACUACUACAAGGUGCCUAAAGAAAAGAGGCUUCUGCCUGUAACCAAAGUUGUUGAAAUCACAGAGGAACCAGAGAAGAGGUCGACGUUGGUGAGCAAUGCCAGCAGCCAAAGUGAGGCAGAGACCGUGGACAACCGCGUCCAGGUGCUCAAAUCGGUUCCCGUCAACCUGACGCUCAACACCGAGCACCUGGACGCCAAACGCGACCAGUACGGCUCGGCGGGGGUGGGGGCGGGGGCGGGGGAGGUGGGGUCUCCGGCCGUGGCAGUGGUGAAGGCGGAGGUGUACGCCCCCGUCUUCAUGGGGACAGGACUUCACUACAGGGUGGAGGCGGAGGAGACGCCGCGGGUGAUCUACGAGCAGAGCCCGUACGAGGUGACCACGGUCAGCCACAGCUCGUACGUGAAAGAGGACCAGCACAGCCCGCCUGACAGCCCGUACGAUGAGGAGAGCGACGGGAAAUACCACACGCCUUCCUCUCUGGCCACGGAUGACUUCUUAUUUCACCAGGAAGGAGUUGACAGCUUCCAGUACACACUGGAUGCCACUCGCUCGCUGCGUCAGAAGCAGGGCGAGGGACCCAUGACCUAUCUGAACAAGGGCCAGUUCUACGCUGUGACUCUCAACGAGCUCGGCGCCAACAAACGCCUCCGCCACCCCAUCAGCAAAGUCCGGAGUGUGAUCAUGGUGGUCUUCAGUGAGGACAAGAACCGAGACGAGCAGCUUAAAUACUGGAAGUACUGGCACUCUCGGCAGCACACAGCUAAACAAAGGGUGCUGGACAUCGCCGAUUACAAGGAGAGCUUCAACACCAUUGGCAACAUUGAGGAGAUCGCCUACAAUGCCAUUUCCUUCACCUGGGAUGUAAACGAAGAGGCUAAGAUCUUCAUCACAGUGAACUGUCUGAGCACAGACUUCUCCUCUCAGAAGGGGGUGAAGGGCCUUCCCCUGAUGAUCCAGAUUGACACCUACAGCUACAACAACCGCAGCAACAAGCCGCUCCACAGGGCCUACUCGCAGAUCAAGGUCUUCUGUGACAAGGGAGCGGAGAGGAAGAUCAGGGACGAGGAGAGAAAGCAGUUCCGCAAGAAGUCAAAAGGGAAGGAUGGAGGCGUGGGCGUGAUAACGGUUCCUAAGAAGGCGGACACCACCUAUUUCAAGACCAUGACUGACCUGGAGGCCCAGCCGGUGCUUUUCAUCCCUGACGUUCAUUUUGGCAACCUGCAGAGGGCCGGACAGGUGUUUGCCUUCAACACAGAGGAGAUCGAGCGAGAGGGGAGCGUGCUGGUGAAGAGGAUGUUCAGGCCGUCAGAUGAAGAUCUGUGCCCCUCCCCUCACAAACAGAUCAAAGAGGAGACUCACAAGAGAGUGCUGCUGUACGUGAGGAAGGAGGCGGACGAGGUCUUUGAUGCUCUGAUGCUCAAGUCUCCCACACUCAGAGGCCUGAUGGAUGCUAUAUCAGAGAAAUACGGGGUGCCCACGGAGAGGAUGGCCAAGGUAUACAAGAAGAGUAAAAAAGGGAUACUGGUGAACAUGGACGACAACAUUAUCGAGCAUUAUUCCAACGAAGACACGUUCAUCCUCAACAUCGAGAGCUACGCAGACGCCUACAAGAUCACGCUGACGGAGAUCUGACUGCUCAUCAGCUGACCUGGAGGACCGCAGGACGCUCAGAGAGGCCCUGUGACCGCCAGGCGGCUGAUUAUCUGCGGGACUUUUGACUGAUCGGCUGAUAAAGCUGAUCGACCGUUGACGCUGUUCCUCCGGCGGCAAAUUUACCAGAGCCGAUUCAACACAAGGAUCAACGAUCUCUCUGUCUGACGCUGUUACAAAAUGAAGCAGGCUGUGUUUUCUGUCCAGGAGGAAGACGAGGAG